UGUUUUAUCAUUGUUCUGAAUUAACAAUAAAUUAGUUUCGCAAAGACAUUUAAUAAAUUAAGAUGAAUAGUAAAUCAAAAUUUAAAACUAACAUUGCCGAAGACGAUUGCUCGAAUAGAAUGGAGUAUCUUCUACCCAACCAGCAAGCUCCAGAGUUUUCGGGAAUUGCCGUAAUUAACGAAGAAUUUAAGGAAAUUAAAUUAUCUGAUUACAGAGGAAAAUAUCUGGUUUUUAUUUUCUAUCCUUUGGACUUUUCGUGCGUUUGUUCAACAGAAUUAAUGGCCUUCAGCGAAAGAAUACGCGAAUUCAGGCAAAUCAAUUGCGAAGUAUUGGCCUGUUCCACGGAUAAUCGUUUCUGUCAUCGAGCCUGGAUAAACACCGAAAAGGAGAAAGGUGGAUUGGGAAGAAUAUGCUUUCCGCUGUUGGCCGAUAAAAGUUUUGAGAUCUCUAGAGCCUUUAAGGUGUUGAACGAGGACGAAGGAGUCGCAUCGAGAAGUCUGUUCAUUAUCGAUAAUAAAGGCAAAGUGAAACAUUCCACCACCAAUGACACUGCUAUCGGAAGAUCGGUAGACGAAACAUUGAGACUGGUCCANCUGCAAUGA